AGGAUGCGCGAGAAUUAGAGACCCGAAAAGUAAAAGCGACUUGAAACCUUAAUUCUAAACCCAUAAAAAAUGCGAUCACAUUUCCCACACUUCUGUGCUUUGCUAAUAUAAUCGUAUCCACUUAAUUUUGGGGAAAAAAAUGUUCCUCUCGCCCCGGCGCCUCCAAGACUCUGGAACGAGAGCUAGCCUCCCCCCUUUCCUUUGGCGACCGGGACCGGGAAGGCGCGCCCGCAGUGACGCAUUUAUCCCGGGCGAUGACGUCGCUACCAGGCGCCCGGCGGCACGUUGGCCAGGCCUUGGGCUGGCUUUAGGGGGUAAAAAUGGCUAUGGCCAGCGAUUUCUACCUGCGCUACUACGUAGGUCACAAGGGCAAGUUUGGACACGAGUUUCUGGAGUUCGAGUUUCGGCCAGACGUGGUUUUUGCUGUUAUAGAUUGAAUUUUUUUCCACUCCCCACAGGAAAGCUUAGAUAUGCCAACAACAGCAAUUACAAAAAUGAUGUCAUGAUCAGAAAGGAGGCUUAUGUGCACAAGAGUGUAAUGGAGGAACUGAAGAGGAUUAUUGACGACAGUGAAAUUACAAAAGAAGAUGAUGCUUUGUGGCCUCCCCCUGACAGAGUUGGCCGACAGGAGCUUGAAAUUGUAAUUGGAGAUGAACAUAUUUCUUUUACAACAUCGAAAAUAGGUUCUCUUAUUGAUGUAAAUCAGUCAAAGGAUCCUGAAGGCCUUCGAGUAUUUUACUAUUUGGUACAGGACCUGAAAUGUUUAGUUUUUAGUCUUAUUGGAUUACAUUUCAAGAUUAAACCAAUCUAAAUUGUAUGUUUUUGCAGCUGUUUUUAUAUUUAAUUAAGGGAUGGGUUUGUCAUUUACCCUAUUGGGAUUUUUAUAAAUGUGAAAUUUUUUUUGUAUGGCAACUAAAAAUAAGGAAAUACAUAAGCAGGCUUAAUGAUUAUUCUCAUUUGGGUCCAAGUGGUCUGGACAGUCCUCACACAUGAAAUUCUAUAAAUAAAAGGAACCUUUUGUUGAGAGUUUGCUCUAAUAAAACAUAUCAAAGCC